AAUUCAUCCAUAAGUGCCGCCCAACACGUACAACUACUAUUCAAGCUCCCCACCUCACCAGAUUCCUCCUCUCGUUUUCUUUCUUCAAAGUAGAAAAAAAAAAAAAAAAAAAAAAACAAAGAUUUGCAAAAUGCUGCAACUGUUUUUCGCGGUGGCGUUCUCGGCGGUGCCUUUGACCCUUUACGUGCCACCAGUUCGGAGCCUCAAUCUAUUCGUCCAGACCGUCGAAGAUAUACUCCGACAGACAGCCUUGUACACACUCAGGGCUUAUCCUCGUAUCCGCCUCGGUCUUUCCCGGAUCUUCCACUCCAUUUUUCACUUGUCUAGGUAUAUCGAGUGCUGGCUCCUGAACUCAAGCAUUCUAAUGGACGAAAUAGGCCGGAUGCUUGGCAUGUUUUCUUCUGGUCCAAGCCUUCCGUGGCUUUGGAUCAUUGAGUACCUAUCAAGCUUCCGCCAGAUAGACACUUCUAUCAUCCGUGGUCUGAUUGAAGCAGCUCCAGUAUUGCCAGAUGAUUUAGGGGAAAAUACAAGAGAAAUGAUUGCUUUAAGAUGUCUGGAGGAGUUAUUUGGUCCUACUAAUGGUCUCAGAGAUGUUGCUCCUCCUGAUUCAAGAGUUGUCUUUGAUCUUGCGGCAAGCUGUGAAGAUGUACUCAAACACAUUGUGCAGGAGGUCUCACUUUCAAAUCUAAGAAAGGCUGGACCAGAGCUGUUGAGAUGGGAUGUUCACCCCUUUAUUAGGCAUAAAAGAGCCUCCCUACCAAAAUGUGCAUUAGAACAGUUGAAAGAUUCAAUUUUGGAGGAAACUCCUGUCCUUGAUGGUGAUGAAAAUACGCCUACAUGGAGGCUUGAUGAUAGUGAUGAUGAAAAUGGUAAUCGAGAGGGCAACUUGAUUCCUCAAACUCACAAAGAUGAUAAUGAAGUGUUGCAAGAUGGGUUGCUUGAAAGAAAUUUAAUCCCCAUUAAGAGGUGUAAAAGUGAUUUGGUUGCUGGAAAUUUGGUGGGACUAGUCAGUUGUAACCAGGAUGGUAUGCAUAAUGAUUUUCUGGUAAAUGCAAAGAAGUUCAAGCAGGAUGCCACUUGUACUAUUCAGUCUGUUGAAAAGAUUCCAAUUCCCUUGCAUGGUGUUGAGCAGUUGGAUGAGUCUGGAAAGAUAAUAAAAGUUACUGAAAUAGAAGGUAAUAACUUGGGAAAGGAUUCUCAAGCAGGUGAGGGCGAUGAAGAUGUGUUUGUGGUCUCAAGGACACUUGGGCAGAGUGAUGCUGUUGGUCAUGUAGAAUUGCAGGACAAUGAGAUGGAGAAUGCUCAAAAUGCAGAUAUAAUGGGUGAGCAAAAAUAUGGAUAUAGGCCUUCCAAAAAUGUUAUGAUGGAUGAAUCCAAUCAUGUUGAAAAUGGUGCGCUGGAAAAGAGUCCUGGUGGUGAUGCUAGUGAAAAUUUUGAUCAAGGUUUUCCAUUAUAUUCCCUGAAUUCAACUUCUGCUGUUGGAUUGCAGCAAAAUAUUGAACCUGAUGAGGCCAAAGCUGACAUGGAGCAUCCUUGUGCAGAAAAAAUGUGUGAAUAUGUAGAUGAAAGGUUUAAUAUUGCCUUGAAUAAGAGUCUUUUCUUGAGUUCACAGUGCAUACCAAGUCAAGAUCCUCUAGGGAAAUCUGGCUGGACAGAACAAAAAUUUUGUGUAAAGUGUAACAAAAAUGGACAGGUGUUGGUCUGCAGUUCUAGUGGUUGCCCACUUGUGGUUCAUGAGAGCUGCUUGGGUUCCCCUGCUAGAUUUGAUGAUAAAGGCAACUUUUAUUGCCCUUUCUGUGUAUGUUCUGUUUCCAUCACGAAGUACCUAGAAGCUAAGGACAAGACCUCCUUGGCAAGGAAGGAACUAGAUGCAUUUUUGGAGCAUUGUUCAAAAAAACUUACUGAGCAACAGUGGAAGCUUCAGAGUCAUCUAAGAUUAAAUGUAGAUGAGGACCUUGUUGGAAUUCAGAUGAACGGACAUCUGGGAGAGAGUAAACACAAAUUCAUUAGUCAAAAGAGAGAAGUUAAAUGUGGACCUUCUGCAUCAUGUCUAGAUGACAAACUGUGUGUGGAAGAGAAGUUUGUGGGUGGGGCAGUACGUGUUCAAGGUGAAAAAAAUGAAGAGCAAGAAAAAUUGGUCCAUGGGCAACAAUCCAUGAGAGAGCAUGAACACCAACAGGACCAACUACCAGAUAACCGUAAGUGCAGUGAUGAUAAUCCAGCUGGUGAAAACACUAAAACCAUCCCGGAAAAUCAGGUAGAAGUUGGAGGAAAAAAUGUGAAGGAAGCUGUACAGCCUCAGAUUACUAAUCCACCUCAGAAACCUGUCUGUGCUUUCAACGGUGAUGGAGAAGAAUCUCCUACUGCUGCAAAUGAUAAGUUUAUAGUAUCUAGUUACUCCAUAAGGUUGAGAAAACGUGAGACAAAGUGCACAUUCCCUCCAAUUCCACAGUUGAGGAGGAAGAAACUUCCAUGGACAAAAAAUGAAGAAGAGAUGCUUAGGAGGGAAGUUGAGAAGUAUGCAAGUCACGGUGGAACUGUUCCAUGGAAGAAGAUUUUGGACAUGGGUACUUCUGUUUUUCUGAGUGGUAGGACUACGGUAGACCUCAAAGAUAAAUGGAGAAACAUGUGCAAGGGUGGCCCCUCGAUGUAAAUGAAGUGAUGUAACAGGCUCACAGCCCAGUGGUUUUGCAUAUGGAGUUAUGUCGUUUUGUUUUGCUCAGCCUCCAGAAGUUUAUAUUCUCGGUUAAGGUAUCUCUCUGUAUCAGUUUGAAGGAAGGAGCUGGGUGUUGGGCUUCCUAGUAGCUCUGUUGUUAUCAUAUACCGUAUUAAGGCGAGUGUAUAGUAGUUGUUAGCAAGUUGGGUGUGGCGGGUUUUCCCCUUCCUUUUGUUUUUGUCCAUGUGAAAAACCUGUUUGUCUUUGGUGGAAGCUAAUAUUUUGAAUGAUGUUUGUAUAUAUAUUGUUAAUCGUAAGCUAGUUUCCAUUAACCUU